UAUAAGCUAGGGUUAUGGUCCCCAGACGUCAGAAGAACAUUCGAUAUCUCUGUAUUCUCUCGGCAGACUAUUGCAAAGAAUGUCUCUGAUCGUUUGGAAGAUCCAUAGCCGCUGCAAAGCAAUUCCGCCGUUCAAUUCGUUAUGGAUCAAGUUAUGGCUUCUAAAGGACGAAGGCAACGUAAAAAAAAUGUUCGUUUACAAGACGAACCAAAUAUAUCACAUCAAAGAUUGACAAAUCCUGAAGAUUUUACUACUAAGACUACAUUAGGCAGAAGAAUUUAUAAUAGAAACAUACAUCAAGAAGAGUCAAACACAGUCACACAUUCAAACCAUGAGGAUAUGAUUAUUGACAUUGAACAAGAGGAAGAUGAAGUUACCAUGUCUUUUCUAGGGGAAUCACAACAACAUACUGUCCAACAUAUCGGUGAGUUGCUUGUGGAAUUACAUCAACUAAUCGAUGCUCAAGCCCAAUCUAUCAUACCAGCAAAGAUCGGGCAGCAAUCGCUGACCGAGGAGGCUCCGGGCAACAACUCGGUCAUGGAGGCCUCCGCAGUCACGCACCACUUUAGAAUUUGUCCCCACCUGUGUAGUCCCCAAUAAGGUGAGUGCAUUUUCCACAAAUAAGAGUAAUACUCUCUUCGUCUACGAUCAAUAGUCCACCUUUUUCCGUUUUAGG